AUGAUGAAUACGGUACAUUGUGAUGAUAACGGUGUACUGACGGUAAGAAAGAAGAGGAUCCUUCUGGAGCGAGUCAUUCCCGCAGCAAUUAAACUGCACAGGGAUCGUCUCUCUGUUGUUCCGGUGACAGGUACCAUUGUGGUGCCAAGGAAGAACAUAGGGUACUGCGAUAAAUUUAACAUCCCUGAGGAACACCACACCACUGGGCUGAAGGGUGCCGAUUUAUAUCUCUACAUCAACACUGUGCAGUCAUGGUUAUUGGGGUGGGCAAGUCCCUGUGCAUUUUUGGAUGAUGGACGCCCUAUUCUUGCUGCUAUCAACCUGAGUCCCACCUAUAUAGAUGCCACAGAAUUAUAUGUUCGUGCAGUUGCACAUGAGAUUGCACAUGCUCUUGGUUUUAGCAUCCAUAACUUUCUCAAACGGAACAUGACGUCUUCACUUAUUGGUGUACGGGAGAAACCUAGAGUGAUAGUCAUAAAUACUACGAGGGUGAUGGACGAGGCAAAGAAGCAUUUCGGAUGUCAAGACGUCUUUGGACUGGAGUUGAAGAGCGAGUUUAUUGAUGGGUUGGGUCUUUCACACUGGGAGCAGCGUACCUUGAAGGAUGAUUUGAUGUCCCCUAANGUUGCCUCUGUUUGUAAAGAGUGGCAUGGCAUUACAGUGAUGUAG